CCGGAGUUGCGCCCGGGGUGCGCCGCGGGUGCGCGCGCCGGGAGCGGGAUGAGGCCCAAGUUGUGAGGCCCGGGCUGUGAGGCCGGGGCGGCGGCGGGGGCUGGAGGAGAAGGGUUGGAUGCCCGCCCCGGGGCAUCGCUGAGGCGGCGGGGGACCCCCCGACCUCCGAACACGGGUUCGGACCGCCGGCUCGCCUGUCCGCCCCGGACCGAGGGCGCCGGGCCGGUAGGGGUGCAUCUCAGGCACGAUGAAGGAUCUGGGGACAGAGAACCUUGCAGGUGGUGAAGGAGUCCAGCUUCUGGGAUUGUUGAGCUUCUACCUGGAACAAGAACAGAGAUUCCAACCUCGAGAAAAAGGGCUGAGCUUGAUCGAGGCUACCCCAGAGAAUGAUAACACCUUGUGUUCAAGAUUGAGAAAUGCCAAAGUAGAAGAUUUAAGGAGUUUAGCCAACUUUUUUGGAUCUUGCACUGAAACCUUUGUCCUGGCUGUCAAUAUUUUGGACAGAUUUUUGGCUCUUAUGAAGGUGAAACCUAAACAUCUGUCUUGCAUUGGUGUCUGUUGUUUUCUGCUGGCUGCUGGAAUAGUGGAAGAAGAGUGUAAUAUUCCCUGUGUUCAUGAUGUGAUCCGUAUUAGUCAGUGUAAAUGCACUGCUUCUGACAUUAAGCGGAUGGAAAAAAUAAUUUCAGAAAAGUUGCACUAUGAAUUGGAAGCUACUACUGCCUUAAACUUUUUGCACUUAUACCAUACAAUUGUCCUUUGUCAUACUUCAGAACGGAAAGAUAUACUGAGCCUUGAUAAACUAGAAGCCCAGCUAAAAGCUUGCCACUGCCGACUUGUCUUUUCAAAAGCAAAACCAUCUAUAUUAGCUCUGUGCCUUCUCAAUUUGGAAGUAGAAACUUUAAAAUCCGUUGAAUUACUGGAAACUCUCCUGCAUGUUAAAAAACAUUCCAAGAUUAAUGACACCGAGUUCUUUUACUGGAGGGAGUUAGUUUCCAAAUGCCUCGCAGAAUAUUCUUCUCCUGAAUGUUGCAAACCAGAUCUUAAGAAGUUGGUUUGGAUUGUUUCAAGGCGUACAGCACAGAACCUUCAUAACAGCUACUACAGCGUUCCCGAGCUGCCAACAAUCCCAGAGGGAGGUUGCUUGGAUGAAAGUGAAAGUGAGGACUCUUGUGAAGACAUGAGUUGUGGAGAAGAGAGUCUCAGCAGCUCUCCACCCUGUGAUCAAGAGUGCACCUUCUUUUUUGACUUCAAAGUGGCGCAGACCCUGUGCUUUCCGUCUUAGAACUCUGCUUGUUGUGUGUUAGAAUCGAAAGUAUGUGUACCGGUUUCAAAGCAAUAAAUGGGGGAGUAGGUAGUUUUCUGGUUCAGCCCCCAUCUAGGCAGGGAUUACUUAAGACUGGAAUACCUACCUUCUAUUUAUUAUUCAGAUCAGAUCUGGCCUAUUUUCAUAUUUAAUCCUAAGCCAUCAAAUGGGUUAGUGCCUCUUAAACAAUUAACAAUACUUUAGACAUUGGCACUUUAUUUUUCUUGUUGAGAUCUUUAGCUACUUUGGGGAGGAGGGAAGGUGCUGAUACCUUUAUUACUUUUCAAGAAGAUUUUUAACGAUGAAUAGUGUAGCUUACCUUGAACUUUUUAUAAAGCCAUCAGGUGUCUAGUUAACAGAUUGGAAGCUUGCAGGCGCUUCCUUUCAGGGACAGUAGAUAAUCCUUGAGUGGUUUGUCCUGGAUUUCCUUUCCCAGAAUCCUCAGAACAGAGACUGCACAGUAUCUUGGAUGUCAAGUGCUAUGUUGUCAGUUUGUUUUUCAAAUGGUCAGCCUACUGUCUGACUCAGAUUCUAUAAAUUAAGGAAAGUAUCGACAUUUCUGUGAACUUUACUUUGUAAUGUCUUCAUAAAGGUUCUGCUAAAGCAGAAAUAAAUGUUAGGCUAGCACUGUUAGAUAGCUGCAUUCUUAAAGCUUAAGUAUUGUCUGACUAUGGUAUUAUCAUUUAACAUUAUUAAAAAUCCAUAAUUUGCUAGUUUUGCAUGCACCUGUAGAAGAGUAGACAGGAGUUGAGCAGGGCUAGGUACCAAGGGAAUUGAUAACUGUUGAUUUAGUAGCAAAUUUUUUCUCCUUUUCUUACAUUAGAAAAUGUCUGCAUGGUUACAUUUCCUUCCUUUAAUUCACAUUUCAGAAAUAAUGUAUUAUUGUAUGGGUGCCAAGCUUUGAAUAUGAAGUGAAAAGAGCCCAAGUGUUUGUAGUAUUACAGUUUUACGCCAAUUGCUGUGAUUAUACAGCCAUGGAAAUGGGGAUAUUUUACCUCUGUACACAUAAGAUUUUGUACAGAGAACUUUUAACUUUUUAAAUUGUAUAUGAAAAUGUAAAUCUUUUUAAAUGUAUAUAAAAUGCUGUAUUUUUUUUACUCUGUGUGUGAUAAUAUAGGCAUUGCAUGUAAAUAUAAUUUAUUGUGUACUCUGUAUUAUAAUCAGACGUUGAUGGCUUACUUUUGUAUUGGUAAGUCAACAUCUAUUGGAUGUUUCCUGAGGUGGGUCUUUUUGAAGUGACGAUAGAUUAUAAUUCCAAAUAAAAACAAAUUCUCCUUGUUUCCAUU